UCAGGCUGAGUCAUGACCUGCUUCUUGCAUCACUGGCUGCUGAGGAGCAUCCUGCUGGAAGCCCCACUGGCUGGCCCUGCUGCGGGAGGGGAGGCGGCCGGGGAGGCCUCCGGGGACCCGCGAGCUCCGAGCUCCCGUGGGCAGGGCCGCUGGAGACCGGAGUGGGGCUGCUGAGCCGCGCGCUGGGAGCUGGGAAGCGGCCCCUCUGGCAAGAUGAAGCUGCUGGCCUGGGCCCUGCGCCUCCGCCUCCCCGGGCUCACGGCCGGGCGGGCACCUGCCUGGGAGCGCCUGGGGCCCCGGAGCUCCGCGCGGCUGUGGCUGCCGCGCUGGGCCUCCGUCCGGGCUUUUGGAAGCAAGUAUGGACCUUCUGCCUCUGGAAGGAUCAUGCGGCCCGACGACGCCAACGUGGCCGGCAACGUGCACGGGGGGACCAUCCUGAAGAUGAUCGAGGAGGCGGGGGUCAUCAUCAGCACCCGGCACUGCAACAGCCAGAAUGGGGAGCGCUGCGUGGCCGUCCUGGCCCGGGUCGAGCGCACCGACUUCCUGUCGCCCAUGUGCAUCGGCGAGGUGGCGCACGUCAGCGCGGAGAUCACCUACACGUCCAAGCACUCGGUGGAGGUGCAGGUCCACGUCAUGUCUGAGAACAUCCUCACAGGUACCAAAAAGCUGACCAAUAAGGCCACCCUGUGGUACGUGCCCCUGUCGCUGAAGAAUGUGGACAAGGUCCUGGAGGUGCCUCCGGUUGUGUACUCCCGGCAGGAGCAGGAGGAGGAGGGCCGCAGGCGCUACGAGGCCCAGAAGCUGGAGCGCAUGGAGACCAAGUGGAGGAACGGGGACAUCGUCCAGCCCGGCCUGAACCCAGAGCCGAACACGGUCAGCUACAGCCAGUCCAGCUUGAUCCACCUGGUGGGGCCUUCGGACUGCACGCUGCACGGCUUCGUGCACGGAGAUUCCAGCUCAAACAACACAGGCCUUGAAGUUCCCAGCUGGGGAAACACGGCGGGCACACAAGAGGACUUAUUAGACGCAGUUGCCCGGAAGCCAGGCCUUCCUUUCUUCUCCUCUCCGAAAACUCCUAUUCGUCCUUCAAAACCCGGCUCCAAUGGCGUCACCAUGAAGCUCAUGGAUGAGGUGGCCGGCAUCGUGGCCGCACGGCACUGCAAGACCAACAUAGUCACAGCUUCUGUGGACGCCAUCAACUUUCACGACAAGAUCAGAAAAGGCUAUGUCAUCACCAUCUCGGGGCGCAUGACCUUCACGAGCAAUAAGUCCAUGGAGAUCGAGGUCCUGGUGGACGCCGACCCCGUGGUGGACAACACGCAGCCGCGCUACCGGGCGGCCAGUGCCUUCUUCACCUACGUGUCCCUGAGCCAGGAGGGCAGGUCGCUGCCAGUGCCCCAGCUCGUGCCCGAGACCGAGGACGAGAAGAAGCGCUUUGAGGAAGGCAAAGGGCGGUACCUGCAGAUGAAGGCGAAGCGGCAGGGCCAGGUGGAUCCUCAGCCCUAGAUGCCUCCUCCCCUGCUGGGCUCGGAGCAGCCCCAGCACCCCACCACUUAGAAGUUACCCCCUUGGCCAAAACCCACUUCCCGUUGAGAGCUGGUGUUGUGUGCAGUGUUUGUCCCGCAGUGUUAACCUGCCUUCCCGAGUGUACACCAAAGCUUUAUUUAUAUAUCCCAUUGUCGUCCUCACAGCAUCGUCCCGGCCCACACUCCCAGGCGCUGGGGAGCACUCCGCACAGUGCGGUCUGUCAGGACUCCAGCCUCACUAAUAAAGCUGCUGUUCAGCCGGA